CAGGUUAUGGGUAUGGAAUAUAAGCAAAAUCAAAGCAGAGAACAUUAACCAAUUUAUGUGUACAACAUUUUCAAAAAGAAGAAACUAUUCACCAUUAGGAGACGCAAGACAGUGAGGGCACAGGGAACAGUUUGUUCAUUUACAUGCCUGUCGUUAGCUGCUAUGCGGGUGUUAGCUACGUGCUAGUGACGUUAGCUUGGUGAAACACAUUUGAGUUUAAUUUCGGGUCGUUUGGUGUCCCCUAGUUGGUAUUUAGUUACACUUUAGCUAGAAAGCUAACUAGCGAGCUAAACCUAGCUGAUAGACGCUGCUUGAAAUGUUAAAAGGCGCCUUCCCUCUAUUGGCUAUGCUUUCUGAGGGGGCGGUAGUUUUUCCGGCGGUGAGUGUGUGUGCGUGCGCGCGCCGUGGGCUUGCACAGGGUGGUAGAGGAGGGGAUGGCUGAGGGGAAACAAACUUGGCACCGCUCCCUCCUUUCUGCUUAGUUUAUACCGGGCGGUGAUCCCUGCAAGAAGAAGAAGGAGAAAAAAGAAAACUGUGUGUUUAUUUAGCGGGUGGGAUGCAUGUGUCAUAAAUAAAUAGUCUGGGCUGCUUCGUGCGUGUUUUGGAUUUUUGUUUGCGAUGAGGCGCUUGCACGUCGCGCUGCGAAGAGCCUCUGUCGAUCCGGCGACCUGCUGCUGACAAGCGGGGAGACGAGGGACUAGGGGACGCCUUGUGGAGAGCACCGCCGGGGAAACCAUGCAGUUUGCAAUCUGGCUGAUUGCACUCAUGUGUCAGCUCUCAGCACUCGUCCGGGUCACCGUGCAGCACCGCUUGCAUCCAAAACAAGAAGCCUUCAUCAAGCAGCUGUCAUCGUAUGAAAUCACCAGCCCGCUGCGGGUCAACGACUUCGGGGAGUCCUUCCCGCACACACUGCACUACAGGCGGAGACGCAGGAGUUUAAAUGACGACUUGUCCGCCGCCCUGCGGGUCCACUACCGGAUCGACGCGUUCGGCCAACGCUUCCACCUCAACCUGAGCGCGCACUCGGACUUCAUCGCGCCCGCCUACACAGUCACACACUUGGGAGCCGAUCGGAGCGAUUCCACGGCGGCUGGAGGAGAGGAGAAGGAGGCCGACAUGCGCCACUGCUUCUUCCGAGGUCACGUCAACUCCAGCGGCGAGCAGCCGGCGGUGGUCAGCCUGUGCACCGGCUUGAUCGGCACUUUCACGACACCAGAUGGCGAGUACUUUUUGGAGCCGCUCCUGAGCGCCGAGGGAGAGGAGUACGACGACGAGCACCACAAACCUCACCUCGUCUAUAGACACGAGAGGAAGCGCAACACCUGGAGCACGAGCGAUGCGAGCCAAGCCGAGCCUUGUUUGGCCUCAGACGCCUCCAAGCGGCUGGUCUCCUCAGAGGCCCGAGGGAACAUGGGCGAGGAGCUGGACUCGCUGAGAGCCGCCAUCGACGACCGUGGCGACAUGAGCCAUUCCAACGCAACACAGCCCAGACCUCCACGCAGACGCAAGCGCUUCCUCUCCUACCCGCGCUACGUGGAGCUGAUGGUGACGGCCGACGCCAAGAUGGCCCAGCACCACGGACGCAACCUGGAGCACUACAUCCUCACAAUCAUGUCAGUAGUAGCGGCCGUGUACCGCGACCCCAGCGUAGGAAACCUCAUCAACAUCAUGAUUGUCAAGCUGCUCGUCAUCCAUGAUGAACAGCAAGGUCCUGCAGUGAGUUUCAAUGCUGCCACCACUCUGCACAACUUCUGCACAUGGCAGCAGAAGCAAAAUGUCCAGGAUGACAGCCACCCCUCCCACCACGACACCGCCCUCCUCAUCACCAGGGAAGAUAUCUGCCGGGCUAAAGACAAGUGUGACACACUCGGGCUUGCAGAGCUGGGGACGAUGUGCGACCAGUACCGCAGCUGUUCUAUCAGCGAAGAAAACGGAAUAAGCGCCUCCUUCACCAUCGCCCACGAGCUGGGCCAUGUGUUCAACAUGCCUCACGACGACAACCCCAAAUGUCGGGAGGCCGGCAUGAAGCACCAGUAUCACGUCAUGGCUCCCACCCUCAACUACGACACCAACCCCUGGUCCUGGUCCAAGUGCAGCCGCAAGUACAUCACAGAGUUCCUCGACACCGGCUAUGGGGAGUGCCUUCUAGACGAGCCAGUUGGCAGAACGUACGAGCUGCCCAGCCUCCUGCCUGGUCAAAUUUACAACGCCAACAGACAGUGUGAACUCAUGUUUGGACCCGGGUCCCAAAUUUGCCCCUACAUGAAACAGUGCAAGCGGCUGUGGUGCACGAGUGCCGAGGGGGACCAUAAAGGAUGUCGCACACAACACAUGCCGCUGGCUGACGGGACGGAAUGUGGGCAUGGAAUGUAUUGCAGACACGGCAUGUGUGUCAACAAGGAGCUGUACCUGCAGCCCGUGGAUGGGGAAUGGGGGCCCUGGGGUGCCUACAGUGCUUGCUCCAGGUCCUGCGGCGGAGGGACAAGGAGCACCACCAGAGAAUGCAAUAAGCCUGAGCCGAGGAACGGCGGGAAGUUCUGCGUGGGACGCAGGAUGAAGUUCCGGUCUUGCAACACUGAGCCAUGUCCGCGAGGGCGCAAGGAUUUCCGCGAGGAGCAGUGCUCUCAGUUCGACGGCAAGCACUUCAACAUCAACGGUCUACCUCCCAACGUCCGCUGGGUCCCCAAAUACAGCGGCAUACUAUUGAAGGAUCGGUGCAAGCUCUUCUGCCGGGUCGCCGGUGCGACGGCGUAUUAUCCGCUGAAGGACCGUGUCAUCGACGGCACGCCGUGUGGCACCGACACCUACGAUAUCUGUGUUCAAGGCCUCUGCAGGCAAGCGGGCUGCGAUCACGUCCUGAACUCGAAGGCUCGGAAUGACAAAUGUGGCGUGUGCGGCGGCGACAACUCUUCAUGCAAAACCCUGGCGGGGACGUUUAAUGAUGCUCAGUAUGGCUACAACACAGUGGUCCGCAUCCCAGCCGGAGCGACCAACAUCGAUAUCAAGCAGGUCAGCUACUCAGGAAAGCCAGAAGAUGACAACUACCUUGCCUUGUCCGACAGCCAGUCCAACUUCCUGCUGAACGGGAACUUUGUGGUGGCCAUGUUCAAAAGGGAGAUCACCUUCAAGGGGACGGUCAUCGAGUACAGCGGCUCCGACACCAAAGUGGAGCGCAUCAACUGUACCGAGCGCAUCGAGGAGGAGCUUGUUCUGCAGGUCUUGUGUGUGGGAAACCUCUACAACCCUGACGUGCGUUACUCCUUCAACAUCCCCAUCGAGGAGCACAGGGAGGAGUUUGUGUGGGCGCCCUCAAGCUCUUGGCUGGAGUGCAACCGCAUCUGUCAGGGUGAGCGUCGCCAAAAGACGCAGUGUGUGCGUAAGAGUGAUCACGUGGAGGUGUCAGAGCAGCGAUGUGAACACUUACCUCAUCCCGCUGCUGUCACUGAGCCCUGCAACACGGACUGCGAAGUCAGGUGGCAUGUCACCGGGAAGAGCGACUGCUCAGCGAAGUGCGGUCCAGGCUACCGCAGCCUGGAAGUUCAGUGCAUGAAGUACAACCUGAUGCAGAGCCAUCCGAUGGAGGCCAGCACCUGCGCCGACAUCGCCAAACCUGCCACCCGAGAGUCCUGUCAUGGCGACUGUCUUCUCAAGAGCUGGCAGUACGGUGCCUGGUCACAGUGUUCCAAGACGUGCGGCAGAGGGAGUCGCAGCAGAGAGUCGUACUGCAUGAGCAAUCUGGGCCGUCGCCUGGUAGAUAGGGAGUGCGAUGAAUACCAGCGGGUGGUCAUGGAAGUCUGCAACGAGCAGCCAUGUCCCACGUGGAAUGCCGGUGACUGGAGUGAGUGCCAGGUCACCUGUGGGAAGGGUGUGAGACACAGGCAGGUGUGGUGCACGGGAGCCAACACAGAAGAAAAGUUGAGUGCGCAAUUAUGCAAUCCCUCCGGCAAACCCGCCUCCGUCGGGACCUGCGAGCUUCCCGAGUGCGCAUCCUGGCAGGCUGGCGUGUGGGGCACAUGUGCGGUGACGUGCGGUCAUGGCUACCAGAUGAGAGCGGUGCGGUGUGUGUCGGCCGACUAUGGCAACACGGUGAAUGACAGGGAGUGCAAUGCUGCUGCCAGGCCCAGAGACAGUCAGGACUGUGAGAUGCCAGCGUGUCCGUGGGCCUCUCCUGUCCAAAGCACACCUCGGCCUGACAACUCCGAUCAGCUCCUGACGCAAUGGCGGUACGGCUCCUGGACGGCGUGCUCUGCAACCUGCGGCAAGGGAAAGAGAGCGCGCUACGUCAGCUGCCGAGACGCCCAGGGAGGAGUCGCUGACGAGUCCUACUGCGCCCACCUGCCCCGCCCGCCAGAGACCGCCACUUGCUUCAGCCCCUGUGGCCAAUGGCGCACCGGGGAGUGGUCUCCUUGUUCAGUGACGUGCGGCGCCGGGCGCUCCACCCGACAAGUCCUUUGCUCCAACUACCACCAGCCUGUGGACCAGUCCUUCUGCGACCCGGACGAGAGGCCGGCGACAGAGCAGGAGUGCAGUGCGGCGCCCUGCUCUGUCUCCCGCCGCCUGCGCAUCAACGACCAGCCCUACGGAUACCCCAAAGAUCCCGGGCGCCAUCCCGGCCACAACAGCUGGAACGUGCCGUCCACGGACAACCAAUGGAGGACGGGACCCUGGGGCGCAUGUUCCAGCACAUGUGCAGGGGGCUUCCACAGACGAGUGGUGGUCUGUCAGGACGCCGACGGCCGCAGCAACAGCUUCUGUGACGAGCGUGUCAAGCCAGCUGAGUCCAAGAGCUGCAAUUCGGGACCCUGCCCCCUGUGGAACUACGGCGUCUGGGCACAGUGCACUCAGAGCUGCGGCGGCGGCAGGAGGACUCGUCUGGUGGUGUGUCAGAGGCCCAGCGGCGAGAGGCUCAGCGACUACAACUGUGACGUCCUGGACAAGCCUCCCGACACGGAGCGGUGCAACCUGCAGCCCUGCCCAGGCUCUGCCUCCUGGCACCGCAGACCAUGGAAGCCGUGUUCGGUGACUUGUGGCCACGGCACCAAACAGCGGGAGAUCACCUGCGUUGACCACAAGAACCAAAGCAAACUAGAGGAGCAGCACUGUCGUCAUCUCCCUCGGCCGCGGACACAGAAGCCCUGUCGUGGCCGCGGGUGUCCCACUUGGAAAGCCAACAGGUGGAGCGAGUGCUCGGUUACAUGUGGAGUGGGACUCCAGAGCCGAGACGUCUACUGCAGGAUAAAAGGCAGCGGAAAGGUCAGAGAAGAUCUAUGUGACACUUCAUCACGACCCGCUGACGUCCAGCGGUGCCAAACUGCAGAAUGCACCCGUUACACUUGGAUAUCUGCUCCAUGGAAGGCAUGUAACGCCACCUGUGGCGCCGGCGUGAGAAACAGGGAGGUGAACUGCGCAGACCCUGGGAUGACGAUCGUGCAGGCGGAUUACUGCGAGCCGUCACUCCGACCGGCGUCACAUCAGCCAUGCGAAGAAGCACCGUGCCACUACGUGUGGGCCACAUGGGAAUGGUCACAGUGCUCUGCGAGCUGUGGCGUGGGCUACCAGCUGCGUGUCGUCUCCUGCUCCAAGAUGCACACCUCUCAGGCUCCGCCUCUUUACUCCGCCCAGUCACCCACCGCCGCCACCCGCUGCCCAGACCCCCGCCCUCCAAGCAGCAGACCUUGCCUCCUCAAGGACUGCCCGCAGGAGUCCUAUUGGAAAGUCGGACCUUGGAGUAAGUGCUCUCAAACCUGCGGGGCAGGAGUGUUGGAGCGCAUUGUGGAGUGUGUGACCUCCAAAGGACAAGCAUCCAAGCAUUGCCAUCCCUUGGAAAUGCCAGACUCUCAAGCUGCGUGUCAGGACAGAGAAUGCCAGUCGUUCACUUCCUGCCGUGAGGUCCAGAUGCGUCAGGGCGUGAGGAUGGAUGGAGAGUAUUACCUCAAAGUCAGGUCCCGCACCCUGCAGAUAUACUGCGCUCAAAUGGAGACCGAUUUUCCAAAGGAGUACGUCACACUACGCAGCGGCCAGACGGACAACUACUCUGAGGUGUACGGCUACAGGUUGCUCAACCCCUUUGAAUGCCCCGACAACGGCAGCCGUAGACAGGACUGCAGCUGCAGGAAGGACUACGCCUCGGCGGGGUACACCCUUUUCCACAAGAUACGCCUAGACCUGAGCACCCUGAGGAUACUGACCACCGACCUCCGCUUUUCCCACACGCCCGUCGGUCGGCCCGUGCCCUUCGCCACGGCAGGGGACUGUUACAGCGCCGCCAAGUGUCCGCAGGGCCAGUUCAGCAUCAAUCUGAUCGGCACCGGCCUCAGAGUGGCCGAGGCCACUAAAUGGACGUCUCAGGGCAACUAUGUCACAUUCAAGGUGCACAGAUCGGAGGACGGUAGGAGAAUCUACGGUCGCUGUGGAGGUUUCUGUGGAAAGUGCGUUCCUCAGGCGCACAAUGGCCUGCUCCUUCAAGUCCACUGAGUCCUGAAGAUUGCUGACCAGAAAACAAGCAAGCAGCCAUACUGGUUAGUUGGACCUUGUCAAAUGAACCCCUUAAAACAAAAUGGUGCUUCUCCAGGCUGCCUUAUUCAAACUUUAAAGAGGAACGUUUGCAAGAUGAGUGACGUUCAAAGAAACACAAAGGGACACAAGACCGAGAAGUGAUGGGGAAUGCAACCAAAACACAGGAGUUAUCAUUUUUAUUACAUAAAUACACACACGAUGUGUAUUGUCUUCAAGAAAUAACGCAACAUUUGAUUUUUUAUGCUUUUUGCCGUGUCGUUUAAUGCCUGGAAUAAGAAAAUGCAAUGAGAGCCAGCAGCAGUUUUAGCAUAGCAUAGAGCCUUGCCGCACCUAGCUUAGCCCACCUUAGCUUCUCUCUGUGAACCUUUUAGCUUAGCUUAGCCUCCUUUAGGUUAGUAUAGCUUAGCUUGUCUCAGUUUAGCUUAGCUUAGCAUAGACUUGCUGCGCUUCCUUUAUAGAAAUACCUGGAACAUUUGGGAUCAAUUUCUCCAAUGUGACGUACUGACGACAAGUAGUGAUCAAAUUAGUUUUAACAGCAGCCAGUGCAACCUGACAUCCAACUCAACGCCACAGAAACAUGAAAUACUUCAAAUGCUCUAAUGAUAAUGUUUAUUUGGCAAUAACUGGAAGUUGGGGUGGCCGUGUAUUUUCCGAAAUGUGAACUCAUUAUACAUUGCUUAAUCAUUUGGAGCUCAUGAGAAAAUGGAAAACAAAACAUAGCCUUUUUGACCACAUGGUCAUGAUCAGGUAUAUUGCUACAAUACAGCAGCCAUAGAACCAAUGUUGUAAUAAAGGAUGCACCGAACCACAUUUUUUUCCACUUCCAAUCCGAUCCCGAUGCCUGCAUUUUGAUAUCAUAUGCCAUCAAGCCAAAAAGAAUAUCAGCAAAGGUCGUUGUCUCCACACAUGCAGCGCCGCACACUCAAACACAAGGACGCAGCCUGAUCGGUCGGAUAACUCAGAAGUCUUAACAUCACGUAUGACUGCCGGGUCGAUACUGGAUCGGAUCGGCCCCAUACCCCAGUUGUAAGAGUCGAUUGUAAACAGCAGUAUGACAAGUGUAACAUGCAUUACUUUCAUACCAAUCUCUGACUAGCAACAUUUUAAAGCAGAUGCAGAGCCAAAUACAGCUGCUGGAUACUGUAUGAUACUUCAAAUGCCUUGUGUUGGCAAUUAAAAAAUACAUGAGGAGAUUACCUACAGCCACAGCUGUUAAUACCAAUGUUUUAUAUUUAAGACCCUGGCGGUUAAUUGGAGCAUUUACGGUACACAAUGUCAGAAAUUAAGACAUACACUCCUGAUCAAAAUGUUCAGACCAGUUGAAAAAUGGCAAGAAUGUACAUUUUGCACUAUUGGGUCGUAAGGAGGUUCUAAGUAGAGCUUCAAAAUGCAAAAAGAAAUGGGAGAGUCACAAAAAAGAUUCUGAGUAAGCAAUUUAUUGCAAACAAGCAUUAAAGUGAAAAAGGCUGUUCAGGUUUAGGACCAUAGCUCAGAAAACCUUAACCCCCCCCAAAAUAGAAAUAAAGUGUUGAAAGAGUCUGUAAUGACCAGCUGCGCUAUUCUUGUUAAUCAGCUGAAAAAUGGGUUUGGGCAUGCUUGAUGUGAGUGUUUCCAGGCUAGUGGGAAGUUGCUCCAGGUGGUGAAGAUGGCUUCUCAGAGGGCAACCACUGUCCACUGAUGUCCAUUUUUGUAAACUUCCCUUGCCAUCCAUCCCCAAAUGUUGUCAAUUGGAUUUAGAUCAGGGAAACACUCAGAACGAUCCAAAAGAGUGAGCUUAUUCCUCUGGAAGAAGUCCUUUGUCAGGUGGGCACUGUGAAGUGCAGCGUUGUCCUGUUGAAGAAGCCAGUCAUUACCACACAGACGAGGGCCUUCAAUCAUGAGUGAUGCCCCUGCUACAUCUCCACAUAAGCAGCUGCCGUUUGGCGCCCCUGCACAACCUGAAGUUCCAUUGUCCCAUUGAAGGAUCAUGAUGGUGCGCCUUCAACAGUGCCGUGUGGAAAACAUCUCAGGUGGGAUCUCCUUGUCAUGACAGUAAUGUUGGAAGCCAUCAGGACCAUCAAGGUUACAUUUUUUCUCAUCAUAGAAUAAAACCUGCUUCCACCUUUAAAUGUCCCAUGUUUGAUGCUCUUCUGCAAAUUCCAAAUGGGCAAUUUUGUGGCCUUAAAGGGGACGAGACCUUUGAAGACGUUUUUUCUUCUUAAAAGCCUUCUUUGGCAGAUGGUGUCUAACGGUUAUUGGACUCACUCUGUACCAGUAAUAACCUUCAUUUGGGCCGAGGAUGGUCCCGUGUCUUGACGGACAGCCUCUGACUCAGUGACAUUUUUUGGGGGUCUACCACUUGACUUUUUUGUUCCAUAACCCUCAGGAUGUUUGAAGAAGUUUCAAAUGACGGUCUUACUGCGUCCAACCUCAGCAGUAAUGGCACACUGAAAGAGGCCUUGCUUACGCAGCUCAACAAUCCCACCGCGUUCAAAGAGAGAACGAUUUUUUACCUUUGCCAUCAAGACAUCAUGACAGCCUGAAUACCUGACAGAAAAUCACAUUCAAUCCACAUUUUUGUAGCUUUUAAAGGCUGCGGUCGUAAACUUUUGAUCAGUGGGUGAAUAGUCUAUUUCACUUUAAGAUCCAGCCAUCCAUUUUCUGUAUAACUUGUCCUCAUUAGGGUCGCUGGGACAUGCUGGAGCCUAUCCCAGCUGUCUUUUCGGGCGAGAAGCAGGGUAAACCCUGGACUGAACGCCAUCCAAUCUCAGGGCACAUACAAGGUGUGUCAGAAAAAUUCCAAGACUGUUGUCACAAAAGAUUUUAAAUCCAAACUACAAGUUUUCCCCUUUGAAGUAGUCCCCCUGGAGUCUCAUGCACUUUCCCAGCCUUCUCUACCACGUCUUCAUGCACUCCUGGAAUGAUUAUUCGCGGAUCACUUGCAACUCUGUCGUCACAGCCAUCUUGAUGUCGUCCACGUCUUCAAAACAAGUCCCUUUGAUGGUCCCCUUGAGGUUUGGAAAGAGGAAAACAUUACACUGAGCCAGGUCGGGUUGCUUCAAGCACAGCGAUGUUCUUUUCGGCCAGGAAUUGUCAGAUGCUCAAGGCAUUGUGAGCAAGCUCUUUGUAAUGGUGAAGUACCCACGAGUUGUCCUUCCACAACUGUGGUCUCUUCUUGUGCACUGAAUGAAGCAAAUGCCAGAGGAUCUCUUUGUAGACAUGCUGGCUGAUUGUUUGCCCCUGUGGCAAGCACUCACAGUGGAUGAUUCCCCUCAUGUCGAACAAUGAAAUCACCAUCAACAGAUAUAUAGGCAAGCGACCGUUCACCCUCACAUUCACACCUAUGGACAACUUAGAGUCUCCAAUUAACCUAGCAUGCAUACAGUAUUUUUUGGAAUGUGGGAGGAAGCCGGAGUACUCUGAGAAAACCCACGCAUGGGGAGAACAUGCAAACUCCACAAAGAGAUGUUGCAACGGAGAGACAGACGACUUAAGAGGCAAUUUUUCAACAGGCCUUAAUGUUUUGAUCUGGAGUGUAUGAGUAAUGUCCUGAUGGAUGAUAUGUACCGCUGACGUGCCUUUUUAUAGCAAAGGUCGGUGCAUUAAAGAAGUCAGAAGAGGAUAUAUUUUAUCUUUGAUUAUGGAGUAUGUGUUUCAUGUGCUGUAGGAGCUCUCUCAAAACUACAAAAAAAACCAGAAAGGCCACUGAUGGACCUCAGACGACUACAUUAGCUUCUAUGUGGCUGAUUUGUAUUAUUUUAAUGUAUUGUAUUGUUUUGUUGUUUUUUUUAUUUUAACAAGUUCUCUCUCACUGUCUGUUGUUACCUGCAUUCCCUACCUCUCACAAACACGAGUACUUUACAGUACAUCGGACUUUAUUUAUUCUGGAACAGCCUUUGUGUUUUGCAAAGACAGCAGGAGUCAUGGUCUUGCUGCUUAUUGUUGCAUUUUGCCGCUCAUGAUUCAUGUUGCUUUCCGUGUUAUGAUAACCACUGUUUAACCUCCUGGAUGGUGCUUUUUGGAACAACUACUGCUAUUCUCAUUAAUACCUCGCAUCUUGACUCGUGAAACACUGGCUGACAGGGUUUAGCUGGCAAAUAUAGGAUUGUACAAGUAUCGCCGCAAUGGUUGGCAGGUAUGUGGGCAAAAGUGUUGGGACACACAAAAAAAUUUAGAGAACAUGUACUUUACAUACUGUGUACAUAUCAAAGAUGGUUGAACGCCACACGAUCACGUACUCAGCCAAACGCAUGGACGCUACACUCGUUUUCACCGUGGGCCACAUUGCAGUUAUGCAUACCUUCAGUGUGAUACCGUGUAAAUGUAUAAUCACCUCAUGAUAUGAUUACACCUUUUGUAAUGUUUUACCAACACACGUACAUUGAAAUCAGAAGUUAAUGUGCCAAGCAGAAAUUUCAGUAUACAGUUGUCCCUCGUUUAUUGCAGUUAAUUGCUUUCAGACCCGACGGUUAUAAGUGAAUUUCAGCAAAGAGGAUUCCUUAUUUAGAAAUGGAAUAUUUUUUGUAGUUAGUGCAUAUAAAACCUGAUUAUGACUUUAUAAAUACGGGUUUUGCCAUUAUUAGAGCCCUGUAGACAUGAAGUAUCACCCCUAUAGUCACCUUUACGCCCCUAUUUUAUUUUUUUUACAAUAUUUAUACACCAGAUUGCGCAGGCUACAGGCAAGCUCUUGAGCUGACAAGUUUGCCUCCAAUUUACUUAUUCUAAACUUGAGAAAGUGUUUAAAACAAAGGAGCCAAAAACUGAGCCAUCUUCCACAUGGAAUGGAGAGAACCUUUUUUUUCAUGUCGGAAAAUAUGAUAUCAAUAUUACUGAUGCCGAGAGACCACAAUACUACAUAUAACUUCCAUCCAUCUAUUUUCUAUACCGCUUCUCCUCAUUAUGGUCUAUGGUACACCCAGCCAAUCACAUGGCACAUAUAGACAAACAACCAUUCACACUCACAUUCAUGAUUUACAAUAAUUUACAAUUACAAUUUAGAGACGGCAAUUAACCUAACAUGCAUGUUUUUGGAAUGUUGGAGGAAACCAGAAUACCCAGAGAAAACCCACACACGCACGGGGAGAACAUGCAAACUCACAGAAAUGCACAACGGAGAUUCGAAGUCUUCCUGACUAUGUGGCCAACAUGCUAACCACUAGACCACCGUGUGGCCCUACAUAUAACUUGUCUGUAAAUAUAUUUUGACUAACAGGCCAUAGUCAACCACGAAACAGUGAUCAUUUAUUAAUUAAUUAAUUUUUGAAAAACCACACUAGAGAAGGAGCGAUUUUCAAACCACAGUGAAGGGAUGAUUGUACGACAAUCCUUCGUUUAUGGCGGUUAAAUGGUUCCCAAGAUUAGUGAAUUUCCACCAACUAUGAUUUCUUAUUUCUAAAUGGAAUAUUUUGGUUGUUAAAGCAUAGAAAAUCUAUUUACCACCUUCUAAAUAUGUUCUUUAACAAUAAAGUGUUCCCUCGCUCCAUCGAGGUUUACCUUUUGUUGCCUCGCUGUUUCGCAGAUUUUUUUAAUGCGAUUUUAGUGUUUUUUGGGGGGGGUUUGACAGCGUAUGAACACGCAUUGUGUUCUGCGACCUGAUUGGCUAAGGAACAACCCGCACAUUGUGUUCUGCAUCCGUAUUGGCUGUAGACCAUCGUCAAUCAAUCUCCUUUGUGCCGGCCCGCAUUGCCAUGUCUGCUGAUGUGUUCAUCGCUAGCAAACAGAUUGCCUUGCAGUCUGACUUGCAAGUUUUCUCCCCGACAAAACCUACAAUGUCAACGAGAAGUUGGGCACCCAAAAGGCAGAGGAAUCCAACCAACACACAAAAAGUUGGACUUCUGGACAUGGUGAAAGGGAGGUAGAAGUUACGCGGCUGUAAGUGAAUUUUCUGUUGGUUACAUAGGACGACUGCAGCAAUAUGUUUUAACAAGGAUGCAAAAACGCUACAGUGGAGCGGUGCCAGGACGAUCAGGAGUGAAAUAUGUGUGAGUCACUAUUAAUAAUUUUUGGUGUCCAACCUCAUAGGUUGAUCAUUAAAAUUUGACAGCGUUUACUGCAAAAUUAGAAGCGCACGGUGACGAGGGACAGCUGUAUAGCCAUUCUAUAAUUCAUUUUAAAUGGGGUUUGACAACAAAAAAUCUAUUCCAAUUGCAUGAUGUACAAAUUUUCUGUCAAAACUGACAACACAUUUAGCAACAAAGAUUGUCUUUUGUAUUUUUUGAUUAUUUAAAAAAAUAGUUUUAGUUAAAUAUAUAUGUAAAUAUAUAUUUUUUAAAUGUAUAAAAUAAAUAACAGUAAUGAUAAUUAAACAAUUACAUUAAAGGAAAACUGCACUUUUUUUGGAAUUUUGCCAAUUAUCCACAAUCCUUAUGUGAAACAUGAACAUGUCUUUCCCUUUUCUGUGCCUAAAGAGAGAAAAAUGGUUAGC